ACCUCUGCUUGGAGAGUAGGUAUCGCCAUCAUUUACCACCCAGGAGUCAGUCAGCUUUUAUCGUAAGAUAAGUAAACAUGUUUGUCCCCUGUUGGGUCAUUGUAAGUCAUACUAGGCGUCGGCCGUGCGGGCAUCCUCUUCAGGUCAUGGCCACAGGUGAAAGGCUAUAUAUUGAGAACGUGCAAAGUCGUUGUCCUCAUAAUUUAGCAAACAUGGCAGUAACACUUGACUGGAUAACUGAGUCCGUCCUGUACAUUUUGCAGAUCUCCGGGCUGACUCUGCAGUCUUUUCUCGUCUUCUGCGCGGCCUUUUUUCUGGCGUUUUUCCUCUUGAAGCCCCGCAAAAACCUGCCUCCGUACCCGGCAGGACGCGUGCCUGUUCUCGGGCACCUCCUCGCCUUGGGCCGAGCGCCUCCCCGCAAGCUGACGGCGUGGAGGCGGCAGUACGGGGACGUCUUCACCUUCAGGAUGGGGAUGGAAGAUGUGGUGGUUCUGAACGGCUACACUGCCGUCAAGGACGCGCUCGUGGACAGGUCCGAGCUCUUCGCGUCCAGGCCAUCAUUUUACCUGGGUGAUGCGAUGACUGGUUUUGGAAAAGGCAUAUCUAUGGCACGCUGGGGGAGCGAGUUCAAACAGAGAAAAAAUUUCUCCACUGCCGUCCUGAAGAGCCUGGGCAUGAAGGUGGGAACUGGCAGCAUCGAGGGGAAAAUCCGAGAGGAGGCGAGCUAUCUCCGCAACAUGAUUGCAGAUGGCAAUGGAGAGCCCUUUGACAUCUACCAUGCCGUCUGCGUAGCGGUUGCAAACGUUAUCUGUUCCAUGAUGAUGGGCAACCGCUAUGACUACACGGACGAGACGUUCAGGGGACUGACAGAGGCGAUUCGCGCUCUCGGGAAUCUAGUUGGAGCUGCACAGAUCAUCAGCGUUUUCCCCUUGCUGCGGUUUGUUCCUGUCGUGAAUAGAGCCGCCAUCAAUGCGUUGAAAGAUUGUUCCAAGGUCCUAAAUGUGUUGAGGGAGGAGAUAUCUCGCCAUCGCGAGAACCUGGAUCGCGAGAACCCGCGAGACUUCCUCGACUUCUGCUUGCUGGAGGUUGAGAAGCAGGAGAAGGUGGAGGGUCUGACGGAGGAGAACGUCCUGUACAUGGCCCAGGACCUCUUUAUGGCGGGAAUAGGGACAACCACCGACACUUUCAUGUGGAGUCUCCUCUACAUGACAGUGAACCCCGACAUCCAGAAUAAGGUGCAGCAGGAGCUUGAUGCCGUUGUUGGUGAGGGUCUGCCCGCCCUGUCCCACCGUUCCCAGCUGCCCUACGUGAACGCCUGUCUGCUGGAGGUCAUGAGGAUCCGGCCCGUCGGACCUGUAGCGAUCCCCCACGCCACCGCAGAGACGGUAAAAGUGGGGGAAUAUGAAAUCCCUAAGGGUACCCAGGUACUACCGAACGUGCACUCCCUCCACAUGGACCCCGCCUACUGGCCUGAUCCGGACCGGUUUGACCCCGGAAGGUUUCUGGACGCGGAAGGGAACGUCAUCAAUAAGCCUGAGUCCUUCAUGCCUUUUGGAGGAGGCCGACGCGUGUGUCUUGGGGAACAGCUGAGCAGGAUGGAGCUCUUCCUGUUCUUCUCGACCCUGCUGCAGUCCUUCACCUUCCAGCCGCCAGAGGGCGCUCCUCCUCCAACCACUGACGGUGACUUUGGAAUGACGUUGAGACCGCAUCCGUUUAAGCUCUGUGCGAUCCCGCGUUAGUUUCUUU